UCCAUCAUGAUCCUCAUCCUCUGUGGCAAGAGCGAGACGCCGAUUGCGCUUCCCGGCCGCGUCUCGUCACGCGACUCCAGCCCGUUAUGGACACCCACGCGGGGCUCUGAGCAUCCACGCGGGAACCAUGCCCACUGUCCUGCGCAGUGGCAGGGGGAAACUUUGCUUCGGACCUUCGCUGCACCGAUGUCUCUUUCCUCAGGAAACAACAGGACAACACGGCUGUGCCAAAGAUAUUUGGGGGGACAUGACUCAGCCGUGGCCGUCCCAGCGAGCCUUAGCGGGUGACCAGCGGAUCCUCUUCAACCCUACGGAUGGAAAACAGCCGCCAGCACGACAGAGGCAAGGACGGGGGGACGCUCUGCCGCCGACGAACCGUCACCCCCGCGUGGCGCCUCACAAGUCGAUGCUUGUUGACGACCUAAAAUUAAGCAGCGAUGAGGAUGAUGUUCAAAGGGCCACCGAUGAAUCGGCUUCCUGGGACAGACACAGCCCGUCGCACACAAAUGGCAGGAGGGCGAGAAAUACCAGCUCGGACUCCUCGCGAUCCCGCUCUUCCGCGGAGUCGGUCAGCAGCAGCCUUCGUUCCCGGAGCUCCAGCCCACCUGCCUCGCCCAGAGACGGGCGGUCCCCGCGCGGCGGCAACAAGGAGAGUGAUCGGCCCACAGCUGCCCAGUGGCAAUUGGAUAAGUGGCUGAAGAAGUCCAAGAAAAAAGCAGCUGGAAGGGACCGUAGCAUUCCUGGAAACCCGCCCUCUCCGCACACGCUCCGAGCGCCGUCUCCGGCAAGAUGCUGGGACAGCAAUCAGGAUUACCGCCCUAGCCAAAGUCCCAUUCCCAGCCCGCAGUUGAGCUACAGGCCCGACAGCCCUCUGCUGAGUCCCGGUUACAGCUUCUGCCCGAGCCCCCUUUCUGGCACCUGCCCGAGUCCGAGCAUUAGCAGGUACAGUCCUGGACCGAGUCCAGUUUCAAGUGUUUUCCCAAGUCUAUGCGGGAGCCCGAGAACGCAGCGGAGCCCUGAUCCAAUUCAGAGAGACCCUCAGGGAAGUCCUACUCCAUCACCUUCGCAGUACUACCACUACCCUGAGGUUCAAAGUCAUCUGUACUCGGCGCCACCUCCCCGCAAGACAAAAGUUAGGUCAGUGUCCAACUCUAAAGCAAAAACCAAGCACACAAAUAGCACAGAGCCUCCCCUUCAUCAGCACAGGCCCAAAGCGAGGCCCACAGAAGAUAAAGACCACAGACAAAACAAAUCCAAAGCGGUUUCAAACUCCAGUGACAGUUGCAGACCACAGAGCAGUUCCCAUUCAGUCACUAAAAAGCCAGCCAAAGACACAUCACAUUACGAGCUGAUCCAGGGAGGCCGACACGGCCUCAGCUCCGACCGCAAGACUCAACCUCCAGUUCGGCACGCUUCUCAGCACAAUACAGCGAGAACAAAACACCAUCUUCCAACUGCCCGUGAAACCGGCAUCAGUCAAAGUUCGACCGCGAGGGCUUCCGGUAAUAAUCACUUGAGACCAGGUCCUGACGUACAACCCUGGGCCAGGCCGAGUGCUGUUAAUGCUAAUCCUUUCAAAACAUCAGACAAGCCGCUCCAGGCCAAGAAACGUGAGGUGCGCCAGAGAGAAAGUCCUCAUACCGAAGGCGAGGGGAGGAAAGACAAAAGGAGGGAGGACAGGCACAGGGACGAGGAGAGAAAGGAAGACAAGAGGCUGGCGGAGGCGCAGCUCCUGAGACGUCGCUGGAUCGAGAGUUCCGCAGAAGAGGAGGAAGGAGAUGUGGUAGCUGUCGAGGGGAAGAGGAGGCGGCCUCGUGAAGAACAACAAAUCCGUGAAAGUCAAACAAUCCAGUCCAAAGAACAACACCGGCAUCACGAUCAUGCGCGCCAACAACGGGGAGGUGAGAAAGAGGUGAACCGGGGAGACACUUCAUCUCCACCCAGUCCACCUCCUCAGCGACGGUCCCCCUCACCAUCUGCCUCGUCAAAUUCUGAUUCGGAAUACCAAGUCGCCAAGGUUCCGGCGGACUCCACUUCACUCCAGAGUCUCCGCCAGAGGGCCCAGCACGGCUGCGGUAGACCCGAUGGCAGCAAGUCCCGAGGAACGCACUCAAAAAGCCCAGCCGAGGGGCAGCAGAGCGAGGACGGGCACAAACUCUACACACUGGUCCCGUUCGGCCGAAGCGAGCAGGCCACGGUGCCUUCCCAACGAGGCCUGAGAAACCUGGUGGUGCACAUCGACCUCUGCCUCCUCAAGAGGGUCCCGGACACAUCUGUCCAUUCCACCGUUAAAGCCACUGACUCUGCCUCCUCCUCCUCUUCUUCUUCGACGACGAAAGGCAAACAAGCGAAGGCUAUGAAACAUCUGUACACGCCUGAGACCGUCUCCAAAGACACCAGAAGGAAACGCAAGUUGGAGAAUGCCGUGUCACAUAAAGAAGGCAAGAAGAACACGCCGCUCGCAGUCGGUCGCAGAGAAUCGUCGUCGCUUGCGGCUGAGCGUCUCCUUUCAACCGAGACCGUGCAUAAUGGAUUUUUGGAGGAAUACUUGGACAACAAGCGGCCGUUAUCGCCCCUGUCGCCGCUGUCCGACAGCACCGAGACCAGCAACCUCCCAUCCAAAGCAAAAAACGGCGAGGCUUCUUACAGGAACAACGAGAAGAACAGAAAUCCAGCACUUAAGCCCAAAAAGGAAGUGGAUUGCGUCAAAGUGUCCAGACAGCAUUCGUCCGAUUCUUGGGGCCCCGCCGGAUACAGAGGAGCCGCGUCGAACACAGAAACGUCACACCACGCCGAGUACUACUUACACGAAGCCAAAAGGAUAAAGCACCGUGCAGAUGCCAUGGUGGACAAGCUGGGAAAAGCCGUGAAUUACGUCGACGCGGCUCUCUCGUUCAUGGAAUGCGGCAAAGCGAUGGAGCAAGGCCCGCUGGAGGCCAAAUCCCCCUACACCAUGUACGCCGAGACGGUGGAGCUGAUAAGGUACGCGAUGAGGCUAAAGAGCCACUCCGGUCCCGGAGCCCGACAAGAGGACAAACAGCUGGCGGUGCUCUGCUUUCGGUGUCUCGCCCUCCUGUACUGGCAGAUGUUUCGUUUAAAGAAGGACCACGCGCUGAAAUACUCCAAAGUACUGCUCGACUACUUUAAGACUUCUCCCAAGGGGCCUCCAAUGCCGUCCUGCUGGAACGACACCGGGAAGGAGACAGCAGGGCCCCCUCCUCCUCGACUGAGCGACGCGACCCCACCCUCGCUCAUAAGCAUCCCUCAACGUAUCCACCAGAUGGCGGCGAGUCACCUAAACAUCACCAACAGCGUCCUGUACAGCUACGAAUACUGGGAAGUUGCGGACAACCUCGCAAAGGAGAGCAAAGAGUUCUUCAACUACUUGAAUACUCUGUCGGGGCCAUUGACGCUUCACAGCAGCAUCGCUCAGGCGGUCCAGUACACCAGGCAAGCUCUUCAGUGGAUCCGCAUCAGUGCCAAACUUACCUGACAAGCACAAGAGGUCCACUGUGUCGACGGGCCAGCGAGGAGAACCUUUUUUUUUCGUACGGAAACUAUAACGCAGAAAUGGAGCAAAUGUACACACACGUAUAUUAGAUACAAAGACCAUUUGUGUGUUCCUGCAAGAUUUUUUCCCCUCCAGGGUUCCGUAGGUUUCCCCCCCCCCCCCUAUCUUGAACUAAAGAGAUCUGAACUAUGAACAUGCCUGCUGAGUUGGAACUGAGCAAUUUUAGGACUCGUUCGCUUCCUUCCUCAUUGGACGAAGCCGGAAAGAUCUGCAUAGAGAUUUAAAGCCCUUUAACAGCGACAUAAACACGACUCGGUCACUGAAAUGUCUGCAAAUUUUUACGCAAAGGCCUUUUAUAUCGUUGUACUUUUUCACUAUGUACAAAAUGUUUUUUUUAAAUAUUGCAUUUUUGUCAAUGUUUUUUUUUAAAAUGGCUAUUUAAAUAUUUGUUCUACUGUGCAAUAUUAUAUAUGUCAAACUUGUUUCAGCAAAAAAAAAAAAAAAAAGCUGGGUCUUUCAAUGCUCAUAUUUGAGGUUACUUCUAUGCAAAAGGUGGAAAAUGCAGUUGUUGAUAUUGUGGGGAAUCAAAUCGGCAUUUUAAUAGAUGUUAACGUCUAUUAAUCACGAAUGAUCUUUUUUAAAAAUGUAUAUGUCUAUUUAAUUUCUUUGUUUCAUACGACGUUUUUAUACUUUUUCUUUUGAAUUGUAUGUAAAAGGAGAG